ACAGGCACGGCAAGGCAUGAUGCAUUCAACUACCAUGGGAAAGAUCACAUUUUACGAAGAGAGGAACUUCAAGGGCCGCCAUUUUGAAUGCAGCAAGGACUGUGAGAACUUGCUUAGCCACUUCAACUGCUGCAAUUCUAUCAGGGUGGACAGCGGGUGUUUCAUGGUGUACGAGAAUCCCAACUUCUCAGGCCACCAGUACUUCCUGAGUCGAGGCGAGUACACUGACUACCAUUGCUGGAUGGCUGUAAAUGACUGUAUCAGCUCAUGCCGCGUCAUCCCCAUGAUGAGCUCUGCUUCAAAUGAAAAGGAUUCUGGGUCAUUUAACGUACGUCUUUACGAGAGGUUAGAGUUCGGAGGUCAGAUGAUGGACCUCGCGGAUGACUGUCCCAGCGUCAUGGACCGUUUCCACAUGAAUGACAUCUUCUCCUGCAAUGUUACCAAAGGAAAUUGGCUGUUCUAUGAGCACCCCGACUACAGGGGCAGGAUGUACCUGAUUAGGCCCGGGGAGUACAAGAGGUUCAGCGAAUGGGGGGGCACAAGUGCCAGAGUGGGUUCCAUUCGCCGCAUCACAGACUUCUAA